GUGUUCUUUCUUCUGAUGCAUUCUUAUUUAAGAGUAAAUAUUAUGAUACUUGUAACUGCUGUAGAAUUUCAAGAGCUGAAAAGAGGAAUGCCAAAAAAAAUAAAUCACUUGAUGAUUCUGAUCUUGAACAAGUGUUUAUCGAAAUAAUUUCUAUCCAAAAAAUUAAUAAUUAUAUUGCCAAUGCAAUCGAUGACCUUAAUGAUUAUGCUGAACUUUCUCUUACCUUCUGUGUUCGACCUGAUGAGGCAACUAUUAAAGAUAUUAAUACAGAUAUUAGAAUUAUGGCCAAAUUAAUUAUUAAUAAAAUAGAAGAAGGUAAUAACUAUAACUAG